GAAGCUCAACAAAACACCAAAGACAAAAGACUAGGGUUUUGAGCAAGGCUUCCUAGUUUUUCAUCAUUAAAAAAAAAAUCUUACAACAAAAAGAAAAAAUGGCCCCUGAUGCCUUUUCCAGCGCCGGAACCGGCAAACUCCAACCGGCCCUCGGGUCGAGGAAGGGCUACGUUACGUUCUUGGCUGGCACGGGCGACUAUGUGAAAGGGGUUGUCGGUUUGGCCAAGGGUUUGAGGAAGGUGAAGAGCAUCUACCCUCUUGUAGUGGCGAUCUUGCCGGAUGUGCCGGAGGAGCACCGUGAGAUCUUGAGGGCCCAAGGCUGCAUUGUCAAGGAGAUCGAGCCGGUCUACCCACCGCCCAACCAGACUCAGUUCGCCAUGGCAUAUUAUGUCAUCAACUACUCUAAGCUUCGUAUUUGGAAUUUCCUUGAGUUUAGCAAGAUGGUGUACCUUGACGGAGACAUCCAAGUUUUCGAAAACAUCGAUCACCUCCUCGACACCCCUGACGGCUACUUCUACGCCGUUAUGGAUUGCUUUUGUGAGAAGACAUGGAGCCACUCUCCACAAUACUCCGUUGGCUAUUGCCAACAAUGCCCUAACAAGGUCACCUGGCCCGCUGAGAUGGGCCCCCCGCCCCCACUCUACUUUAACGCGGGCAUGUUCGUGUACGAGCCAAGCAAGACCACUUAUGAAACCCUCCUUGAGACUCUCCAGGUCGCCCCCACUACACCAUUUGCUGAGCAGGAUUUCCUCAACUCCUUCUUCAACCCAAUCUACAAACCUAUCCCACCGAUCUACAACCUCGUCCUUGCGAUGAUGUGGCGCCACCCGGAGAACGUCGAGCUUGAGAAGACCAAAGUUGUCCACUAUUGUGCUGCUGGAUCCAAGCCAUGGAGGUACACCGGUGAGGAGGCGAACAUGGACCGAGAAGACAUCAAGAUGCUGGUGAAGAAAUGGUGGGACAUCUACAACGAUGAAUCCCUCGACUACAAGCCCGAGGAGGCAGAUGAGUCAUUCUCGAAGCCCUCGAUCAUGGCCUCCCUCCCUGAACCCGCGGUUUCUUAUGUCCCGGCUCCCUCAGCUGCCUAAACAAGAUCGACUCCAACGAGUUUAACAUAGUAUUGCCCAACUCGUUAUGUCUUACGCUAUAACUAAAUCUAUACGAGCAACUUAGUUUGCUUGUUUUUGGUGUAUAACAUUUCAAGAAUCAUCUAUAUGCAUAAGUUUGGCUAGUGUUUGAUGCCAAUCAUGUGUAAUGUAAUAUAAUGUAAUGAAAUGAAGUGAAAUUAAUUAAAAUUAAGCAGUAUUGGAAUGUAAUAAUUCUACUGCUAUUAUUAUGAAAA